UGAAAUAUUACCUAACAAUAGGAUUGAUUAUUUACAUUGUUUAAAUUCGUUAAUCUGUCAGCAGCUAUAUACAGUACAUGACCUAUUAGAUUUAUCAGGAAAAAGUCAAGUUGAUCAUGCGAAAGAUUUCUAAUUGCUUAGUUACCUGCAUGUUAUAUAUUAGGGGUAUAAAUAUAAUCCGUUCUUUUUAUGAAUAAAUAAGUUAUGUAACAUAGUGCAAUAACAUAAAAAAUUGAAGUGGAAUACUUUGGGAAAUAUAAAAUGGCGUAUUUUCAAUCUGUUCAUAAAAGUCAGAUACCUAUAAACUGUCAUUUAUGUGAUUCUAAGAAAAAUAUUAAGUGGAAAUGUGUAGACUGCGGACUUUUUAUCUGUGACAAGUGUAAAGAAGGAAGACAUCUUAGAAUUAAAAAUGCUCAGGAUCAUAAGGUCAUAAGUAUUAAAGAUGUUGGUCUGCACAGUGAAAAUUUGGAUUUUACAAAUAUUAAAUGCACCGACCACUCUGCACAAUCCUGCUGUCUUUUUUGCAAGAGAUGUGACAGUCUAGUGUGUCCGACUUGUGUGUCUAAAGUUCAUAAGAAACAUGCAAAUGACCUUAUUGAGAUCAGUGAAGCAUAUAAUAUAAAAUUAGAUGGACUGAAAGAAGGACAAAGUAAUAUUAAAAUGGAAAAAGAAAAAGCAAUUACCAGAAAAAAGCAUUUGGAACAAUGUAAGAAUGCUGAAAAUGCGAAGUAUAACAAAGUUAUUCCUAAUAUUCUGAAUCAUGGAAAUGCAUUGAAAAAGGCAAUUGACAAAUAUAUUGAAGAACUUAAAGUUGAAGUUGACGAACAUCUGAAAGCUAUUUUGAAAUCAAUUGACACAGACCUUCAUAUCUUAUCAAAAUCCAUGGAGUAUGCUAAUGAGAAAAACAGGGAAGUUGAGAUUUUAAUCAAAACUCAAGAUGUCGCAAAGUUUUUUUCAGAAGUCGGCAGAAGUUACAAAUCAAAAGAAGUGCUACUACCAAAAUCACAUUCUUCAUAUAAUUCCAUACCAAACUUUUUUCCAGGGGAGAUCACUCAAUCUAAUGUUGGAGUGCUACAAAGUGAAGAGAGUCCAGAGAAAUUAAGCAUUGCCUUUAAAAUCCUUCAAGAAUAUCAGACAGAACUUUCUAGAGUUUCACAAAUCAUUCCAUGUGUUGACAAUGCGGUCUGGAUAAAUUCAAGUUCAGAUGGUUGUAUUAUAAACGCAGAACCAAGAGGGAGAAAACUCACUGUGGUAUCUAACUUUAAAAUGACUGUCUAUGGUAUGGCAAUAACCCAAUCUAACGAUAUCCUUCUUUCUGUUCACGGUAAAUCCAGACUACAAAAACUCAAUAUUACUACUGGUAAACUGAUAGAUACCGAUUUUGACGUGGAUCCGCUGGUCCCUAUAAGUAUCCACACUACCAGUGGUAACAAGGUUAUAGUAGUAGGUAUUAGCGAGAAGCUUCGAAGAAAAGCGGUUUUUCUUAUAAACGACAAGGGAGACCAUGAAACUGUGUAUGAACACGAUAAACAUAAUCAACCUUUAUUUUCUUACCCCAGGAGUAUCACCAGUACCAGUAAUGGGAAUAUACAGCUGGUAGAUUUUCACAAAGGUAAAAAAGGUAGAGUGGUAGUGUUGGUUAAAGGAAGCGAUAUGAUCCAUUCAUAUAACGGAGAUCCAAAAAUCAACAAACACAAAUCAUUUAAACCACAAAGAAUAGUAACAACAUCAAGAGACAAUGUCAUGGUGACUGAUUUGGAUACAGAAAUCAUACAUAUUCUGAAUAGUAAUGGCUGCCUAAUAUCAUGGUACAACACUAAAGACAUAGGAAUACUACAUCCAUUCUCCCUUGCCCUUACUCCAACAGGACAGGUCUACAUUGGUUGUACUAGACAAGCCGGUAGUACAGCAAAGGAAGCUAAGAUUUAUGAAGUGACCAUAUCGGGAUGUUAAAAGCAUGUCAUCAUUUAAUUUUUGAUAAAUCGUUUAAUGCCUGAUAUUAAGAUUUUGCUUCAUAUAAACAAACUACAAACUGGCUAUAAUUCCAUUUUUCUUAGUUUUAUAAUAUAUCUAAUAAUAAGAUGUCACACAAAGGUUGUCAUGUUAAACUUAAUAAAGAUUUGAAGAACUCA